AUGACAACUGAUCCUGCCUCCUUUUCUUAUGGAUCCCAUUUACAACGCCGCCGCCUCUUCUCCAGCAGCAGCGGCAGCGGCCUGAGCGCCGGCACUCCUGGCUGCGAGCCCGCCAGCGGCUGCAGCAGCCCCACCUCCGCGCCGGACUCGGACCCCGACUUCGAUCCGGGGCCCGCGUGGGGCUCCCCGGGGGAGGCCCGGCAGGGGCGGCGGCGGCGGCGGCUGCGGGCCAAGGCGCCCCGCGAGGACCUGGAGGAGGAGGAAGAGGAGGCAGCGGAGGCGGCUGCGGCCAAGGAGAACCGGCCGCACCCCUUCGUGACCGAGCGGUCUUGGAAACUCCGCUCGCGGGGCCGGCGGCCUGGCCCCCCGCUGUGCAGUACCCCAGGCCGGGGCCCGGAGGAGGAGAAGGAGCAGGAACUAGAGCCGGAGGAGGAGCCCCGCCCUAGCCUCCACAGCCCCAGCAGCUGCCUGGCCAGGAGCGUCCUGGCCGACCUCAGCCCCGUCCGGAACCUCAGCCCAGCCCCAGCUAGCCUGGGCACCAGCGCCUCCCUGUUCAGCCCCGCCCCACCCCCAGCCAAGGAGCCCCCAGCCAGGAGGCCCCUUCGCAGGAGGGCAGCCCAGCGCCCCCGGAACAAGGAGCGGCCCCCCAGGGCACCCCCUGACCGCACCGCCCGCAAGGCGUGCAUCAGCGGCUGCAGCUCCGCCCGCUGGGCCAGGGCCUCCACCGGGGCUGGACCUAGCCGCUUCCGGGCCCGCGCCUCACUGUCCUUCCACAAGAGGAAGGUGGUGGCCGAGCUGCAGCCCCCUGGCACACCGGGCGGCAGCUUUCUGCUCUUGGAUGCGCCGCCGGGCAGCCCGGGCAGCGCCCCCUGGCACGCCUCUUCCCUGUACCUGCUGACCCCCCACAAGGCCCUGCCAGCAGCUGCCUCCGCCCCUAGCCCCGCCCAGGACUCGGCGCUGUCCGAUGCGGACAAGGUGUACCGGGAGUGCCAGCAGGACGGCCCGCUGGCCUUCGACCUCUACUUGGCCCCGGACCGGAUCCAAAGCUGCGAAAAGAUCGGGGAGGGCGUGUUCGGGGAGGUGUUCCGCACCGUGCUGGACAGCCGCACGGCCGCUCUGAAGGUCAUCGCCAUCGAGGGCGCCCAGCCGGUGAACGGGAGCCCCCAGAAGUCCUUCGGGGAGAUCUUGGCCGAGAUCAUCAUCUCCAAGGAGCUGAGCCUCCUGGCCCAGGAGACCCUGAACCGCACCGAGGGCUUCAUCGGUCUGUAUGCCUCCCGCUGCGUGCGGGGCUCCUACCCAGACCUGCUGCUCCAGGCCUGGGACGCCUUCCACCGCCUGCGGGGCUCCGAGAAUGAGCGCCCGGACUUCUUUGGUAGCGACCAGCUCUACGUGGUGCUCGAGUUCGAGUUCGGGGGGGUGGACCUGGAGCACAUGCGCAAGCAGCUGCCCUCUGUGGCAGCGGCCAAGAGCUUGCUGCACCAGGUUACUGCGGCACUGGCCGUGGCCGAGGCAGCCCUCCACUUCGAGCAUCGGGACUUGCACUGGGGCAACGUGCUGGUCAAGAGGACGGGCGCCAAGGAGCUGGGCUACACGCUCAACGGCCAGGCGGCCACCAUCGCCACCCACGGCAUCCACGUGAACAUCAUCGACUACACGCUGUCCCGGCUGGAGAAGGACGGCCUGGUGGUCUUUUGUGACAUUUCCCAGGAGCAGGAGCUCUUCCAGGGGGAGGGGGACUAUCAGUUCGACAUCUAUAGACUCAUGAAAAAGCACAGCCAGAACCACUGGGCCCAUUACCAGCCCUACAGCAACGUGCUCUGGCUCCAUUACCUGGCCGACAAGGUUCUGAGGGAGAUGACCUUUAAGAGGAAGGCCACCUCCGCAGCCAUGCGGCAAGUCAAGCGGCAGAUCGAGGCCUUCUGCCAGUCGGUGCUGGCCUUCGACUCGGCCACGGAGCUGCUGCAGAAGCACAGCCUGUUCCGGUGACGGCCGAA